GUCAAGACAACAGCCAGUGUGCACCUCAGAGGUUCUUCCAGCUUGCCAGAUGAGAUUCCUGAAUAUCUGUCAGAAUGUCAGAUGAUUUGAGGAAACAGACAGAGUCCAGUACAUCCCAACCAAUGGCAAGAGUAAAAUGUUCAAGAAAAAGAAGUAUUGGUGUGAUUUCAAAGGAGAAUUACGACUGCCUUAGAUUAAAACUUGAAGGAGGUGACAUUCCCAAGGAUAGCAAGACUGUCAAGUUUUACCAUGUCUGCCAGAAAAUACAGAAGUUCAAUUUAUCUUUGACAGAAAUUCACAACCCUGUCCAAGGAGAAUAUAGAUUGGAGAUUAUUGAUGGGGACAGGAAAAUAGUGAUAUCAAAGUCAGAACUUGAUAAUGUCAUCUGCAAAUUUUACACUGAGUUGCGGGGUUCUGGAGCAAAGAAAAUAAGAACAUUGAUAAACCAGUAUUAUGCUGGCAUUUCUCAGGAAGCCAUACAAGACUUUAUAGACAGGCAAGAUGACAGGCAACUGUUACAUCCUAAAUUUGUUAAUGCUGCCAAACUAAAACCGGUUAUUUCAAGAACACCAAUGGGGCGACAUCAGGUUGACCUUGUGGAACUAACUGGAAUGCCUGCAGAAAAUGAUGGUGAAACAUUCAUUUACAUCUUGUCUGUUAUUGAUGUUUUCACAAGAUUCUUGUGGCUUCGGCCUCUUUCCAACAAAAGAGCCUGUUCAGUGGCAUUGGAACUCAACAAAAUCUACUUUGAGUAUGGAUGGGGAAAUCCAAGAAUCUUACAGUGCGAUCAAGGCUCCGAGUUUAAGGGAGCAGUCAACCAACUCUGCAUAGAAAUGGGAACGAAGAUUGUCCGAAGUCGGGCUCACCAUCCACAAUCUCAGGGAAAGAGUGAACGAUCACACCGGGAUUGGAAAAGCCAUCUGGAAUUUGAUCACAGCAAACAUGGUGAUGGAGAAAACUUCAACUGGGUGGAAAAGUUGCCAGCAUAUGCUAGAAUACACAAUGAAAGCAUUCAUUCUGCACUUGGUUGUUCACCAUACAAGGCCAUGCUGGGCUGCCCUCCAGUACACUUCAAGAAUUUGUUGAGAGCUGGAAAUACAGUUGAUGCGUACUCUUGCUCUGAAGAAGAUGAGCAGUGCGAACUAUCUGCAGAGAGUGAUGAGGAUACUGGAGACGAAUAUGGCAUUAAUGAGAGAAUAGAAGCAAUCACAAACCUCAGGAAAAAUGUGCUGCAGGCGUCACUGACCAAAUCAUCAGAAAUGAUUAAAAAACACCACGAAAACAAGGACACAUCAGUGUACAAGAUAGGGGAUGAAGUUCUGGUGAGGGUUCAUGGAAAAGAUACCAGAGUCAAACGAGGUGGGCCAAAAAAAGGGAUGAAAAAAUGCAAGGAAGGAACUAUUGUCGAAAUAGAUUCCCAGAACUCCCAAUUCAAGGUUGCCUAUCCGAACAAGCAUGUGCAGUGGGAGCAGGUGUGUGACAUUACUUCUCGGACAAGAAAAGAAGAGAAGAGGAGAAGAAUGAGGACAUAUGAAGAUGCUCGGCCAGAUGCAAGAGAAGAGGGUAGAAAGCCACUCAAAAGGGGAAAAACACAGGAUGAAAAAGGAAAGGGAGAACAACAGGCUCAAACCAAGAGGAGAGACAAUGCAGAAACAAAAGGACGCAAGAAGACACCAACUAUGAAAGAACUGGAGAUGGAGGCCUCAUUCUAUGACCUUGACAUUGUGGACAAUGAAGGGGCUGGUAACUGCAUGUUUAUUGCAUUGGCUCAACAGCUUCAAAUACAUGACAUUGACAUAAUCAGCCAUAAACAUCUGCGAGAAAAGGUUGUGCAAUAUGUGCAGGGCAAGCGGCGUCUGUUCAAGGACUUCGUGGAUAAAAACCAUUAUCCAACAUUCAGAGACUAUAUCAUCAAGAUGAAGAUGUUGGGGGAAUGGGGAGACAACAUCAUUCUGCAGGCAACAGCUGACCUCUAUAAGGUGACCAUCAGGAUCAUUACAACAAUUGCAAAUGAGCCUACAUUCAUUCGUCCAGCUGAAUACCGAGGAGACAUGCCAGUACUAAGCAUAGGCCACUUGUGGGAGCUGCAUUAUGUGACACUCAUACCAAUGUCCACAGAAGGAGAGAAAGAGAUGGAAGCAGCUAAUGACACCAAAAUGGACACAGAAGAUGAAUCAGAUUCAGAUUCAAAGUAUCCAAUCAACACUGCUGUAUGGGAACACAAGAAAGAAAAUGUAGUGGCACACCUGCAGAGAAUUGCUGCAAGAGAUGCACCUGAGGAACAACUUCAAAGGCAUGAUGAGUUUGUCAGCGGCUUCCCAACACCAGACCGAAGAGUCAAUUUUGCAGAGGGAUAUCUGUCUCAAUAUAUGCAGCAAAAAAUGCUUCAGUACUUGAUAUCAGCUUUGACAUUAACAAGACUGAAAGAUACACGGAGGAUAUACUCAGGAAGUAUGCGACUGUUCAAGUGCAAGGUUGAAAAGAAGCUGAAACUUUUAACGCAAAAGCACAUGAUAGCUGCCACAGAUUACCUGAUGUAUGUUGGGGUAAAGGAAGCUAUAAUUCAUAUUCUGAUGGAUGUGCUGAAUAAACCCUAUGAAGAAGUCAACUAUGAAUGUAAAUCAACAGAAUUUGAUGCCAGUCAAGUUCCAGGGAGGGGUGUCCACAUCACUGUGGAUGACGAAUAAUGAUGGCUUGGUUCACACAGGGAGGAUUAAAAUGCCACUGUUAUACAGGAUGACUGACUUGCUGGAUGUGUUGUGAUGAUUGUGCUUGCACACUGAUGUCAACACCCACAUAUAUUAUCUUUACAAGAAAAGUAAAUGGAUGUACAUGAACCACAGUGACAUGUCAUUUUGUAACAUUAGUAUUUCUUUGUAUGACAAUGUGUGAAUUUACUAGGGUUGCAACGGGUAACUCACGAACUCUAUGCUUACACUAAAAGUCACUCAUGUUCGCAUUUCUUUCUGACUAUGCACCC